UACCACCUCGGUCUUUCCGUGGUUGAGUUCCAUCGGCUGGCUUCACGAAGCUCAUCAACUUCAAGUCGUUGCGUGAUGCGGUCCUUCUACGCCUUGACAUUGGCUCUGUUCGCCGACGUAACUUUGUGUCUCACCCACGGCCAUACUCGUCGGCACGAUCCCUUCAUCCGCAACUUGAAGCGUGCCGACAAUGGGACGGCCGAGUAUGAGUACAUCGUAGUUGGCUCUGGUCCUGGCGGUGGCCCUCUGGCGGCGAACCUCGCCAUGGCCGGCUUCAAGGUCCUGCUGAUUGACGCUGGCAGUGAUCAUGGCACGGCUACCGAAGAAGCCGUUCCUGCGCUACACUUCCUUUCUUCGGAAUUCGAGGAGACGUCAUGGAGCUACUUCACGAACCAUUACAGUAGCUUCGACCAGCAGAAGAAGGAUAGCAAGAUGAUCUAUCGAACUUCCAAUGGCUCACAGUACAUCGGUCUCGACCCCCCCGCGAACGCAGAGCCCCUCGGCAUCUUGUACCCCCGUGCAGGGGCUUUGGGAGGAUGUUCACGGCAUAAUGCCCUCUUCACCAUCUACCCACACGACAGCGACUGGAACUACAUCGCGGAGCUGACGGGCGACGACUCGUGGGAGGCCAGUAAAAUGCGCCGCUACUUCGAGAAGCUCGAGAGCAACAACUAUGUCCCUAACAGCAUCGUUGGUCACGGUUUCAACGGUUGGCUCACCACUUCGGUCACGUACCUCGGUCUUGUGCUGAAGGAUUUGAAGUUCCUUGCUUUGGUCCUCUCGGGCAUCUCGGCCGUGGGCGACAAUGUUUUCACCAGCGUCGUCACCACCAUAGCCGGCUUGGCUCAAGCUCUCGCGCUCGACAUUAAUGCGCCCGGUGUCGCGUCUAUCCCCGGCGCAUACCAGGUCCCUAUUGCCAUGAAGGAUGGUGUUCGUGCGUCGCCGCGAGAAUUUAUUCUGGACGUCGCGCAUGCACUCAACCCAGACGGCUCACGCAAGUACCACCUGGAUGUCAAGCUGAACACGCUGGUCUCCAAGGUCGUCUUUGAUCAGUCCGCAUCCACUCCCCGCGCCGUCGGUGUUGAGUAUUUGGAGGGCGCCGACCUUUACCGUGCCCAUAGCCGUUCGGGUUCUGCGACCGUCACUGGAUCCGGCGCUGUCAAUGCCUCUCGUGAAGUCAUCGUGUCAGCUGGCGCUUUCAACACACCUCAGCUUCUGAAGCUCAGUGGUGUCGGACCCUCUGCAGAGCUUGAAGCCUUGGGCAUUCCUGUCGUCCUUGACCUCCCUGGCGUUGGCACCAACAUGCAAGAUCGCUAUGAGAACGCCAUAGUCACCGCUACUGACGAGGACUACGCCUUGACCAAGGAAUGCACCUUUGCCCUCUCGUCCCCUGACCCCUGUCUGGAGGAGUGGGAGGCCGGUGAGACCCAAAUCGAGCGUGGCGUCUACGCUACCAAUGGCGGUGCCGUCAUGACCACCAUCAAGACCUCCGUAUCGACCGGCGAGCCCGACAUGGUUAUGAUCGGCGCACCGGGCCCAUUCAAGGGGUACUUCCCCGGGUAUGGCACCUACGCCUUCAGCGACAAGAGGCACUGGUCAUGGAUUCUACUGAAAGCCCACACCCGUAACACCAAGGGCACUGUGACCCUUACGUCGACUGACCCCCGCGACACGCCCAACAUCACCUUCAACUCGUUUGCCGAGGGUGGCGACGAUGAUGUCCAGGCCAUGUACGAGGGGUUCAAACUUGCCCGCAAAGCACUAAAUGACUAUAUUCCCGUUUACGGUGAAUUCAACGAGACCUGGCCUGGACCGGAUAUGACCGACGAGGAGGAGCUCAAGCAAUUUAUCCGCGACGAAACUUGGGGUCACCAUGCCUCGUGUACAUGCCCAAUAGGCCCCGAUGGCGAUGAGAUGGCCGUCUUAGACUCAGACUUCAAGGUCCGCGGCGUGAAUGGUCUCCGUGUGGUUGAUGCGUCAUCUUUUCCUAAGAUACCCGGGUUCUAUAUCGCCCUUCCAUUGUAUAUGAUGAGUACCAAGGCGAGCGAAGUCAUCAUUGCUGCUGCCAAUGGGACUUGUGGCCAGUACUGCUGAUGAUUUAGAGUAAUUAAUCAAGGCAUGUAUAAAUAGGGAUAUGAUCAUGUAACCUAUCAGUAUCAAUAGUAAUGACUAAUUGUGUAUCCGUC